CCCGCGCGCGGCUCCCGCCCUCUAUGGAUGGGAAGGCAGCACCCAACGGCGUGGCCACCAUCGAGGACAGGAUCUUGCGGAUCACGGGCUACUAUGGAUAUUACCCGGGCUACUCCAGCCAGAAAAGUGCCUCACGAUCAUCUGUCAUCCAAUGCAAGCCAGGAGGCAACUGCCCCAGCAGACACAGAGGCAUGACUAGGCAGCUCUCCCCUCUAACUGUUGCUGAAGAUUCUGCUGCUCCCAUUCUUGAGCUGCAGAAUCGAAGUCCCUCGGGAAUCUGUCGGCACAGCAGAGUCGAGAGGCAGAGCAGAUCAGGAGAAGAAGGAACACAAACACACACAGAGAGCAGCAGCCAAGAAGCUGAAGGACAGACACGAUGCCAGUCUUGCACAUCCACAUUUCUCAAGCUUAUCUGGAGAUUUCUGAUCAUUUUGUCCGUCUCUUCCUCCUGGGUUGGGACCACACAGUUUGUCAAAAUCACGUAUGAGACCUUUGACUGUCCUUUUUUCAUGACUUGGUUCUCAACAAACUGGAACAUUAUGAUUUUUCCCAUUUAUUAUUCUGGGCACCUUGCAACUGCACAGGAAAAGCAGUCUCCAAUCAAAAAAUUCAGGGAAUGCAGUCGGAUUUUUGGUGAAGAUGGUCUGACGCUGAAACUCUUUCUUAAAAGGACUGCUCCCUUUUCUAUUCUGUGGACUUUGACUAACUACCUGUAUUUACUGGCUUUAAAGAAGCUGACAGCCACAGACGUCUCUGCCCUAUUCUGUUGUAACAAAGCUUUUGUCUUCUUGCUUUCUUGGAUUGUGCUGAAAGACAGGUUCAUGGGAGCAAGGAUAGUUGCAGCAAUAAUGGCAAUCACAGGAAUCGUAAUGAUGGCAUAUGCAGAUGGUUUCCAGGGUGAUUCAAUUAUCGGGGUAGCAUAUGCUGUUGGAUCAGCCUCUACAUCUGCAUUGUAUAAGGUUUUGUUCAAAAUGUUUCUUGGAAGUGCAAACUUCGGGGAAGCGGCUCAUUUUGUUUCUACCCUGGGCUUCUUCAAUUUAAUUUUCAUCUCUGUUACCCCGAUCAUACUGUAUUUUACAAAAGUGGAGUACUGGUCCCCCUUCUCCGCUGUGCCGUGGGGUUACCUGUGUGGUGUAGCCAGCCUCUGGUUAGCUUUCAAUAUUCUGGUUAACGUCGGUGUUGUGCUUACAUACCCCAUUCUGAUCUCUAUCGGCACAGUGCUCAGUGUCCCUGGAAAUGCAGCCGUGGAUCUGUUGAAGCACAAAAUGAUCUUCAGUGUAGUGAGGUUGGGAGCCACCAUCAUCAUUUGCAUUGGGUUUCUGCUGAUGCUCCUCCCUGAGGAAUGGGAUGAAAUAACCCUGAGGUUCAUCAACAGCUUGAAAGAGAAGAAAAGUGAGGAUCAUGCCGACGACAUCACAGACUCCAGCGUACACACGAGAAGCAGAAGUAGAGCUAAUGGGACAGUGUCUAUACCACUAGCUUAGGGCUGGUGGACUUCAACUGCACGCAGAUGUAUAUUCUGUGAAUAUAGCUUAAAUUUCCUCACUACUUGUAUGCUUAAAAAUGACAUUUACUCUGAACUGGGGAUGAACUGUAAGAUAAGAGAAAGACAUCUAUAGUAAAUGUUUACAUUUAUACACUUAUCAAGG